AUGUCUACGUCUACGAACCGUCCGCACCCCGCCCGCCGCGCUGCUGCCUUCGCCGCCUCGACCGCGUCGACCGCUCGAAGCGAUGAGGAUGGCUCGACUUCUUCUGCUCGCCGGGAAGGCUCGCAAGAGCCAUCACCACCACCUCGACUCUGCCUCACGUCUCUUCCGACCGAAGUCCUCAACAACAUCUUCUCGCACGUGCCCUACGAUGACUCUAGACGAUCCAUCGAGCAGAUUGUGCUCAGCAAGCGAUACUUCGCGGUCGCCUACCGUCACUGGAUUCGGGAGCUCACGCUCGACGAGAACGACGCCGACAUUGUCUACGCCGAGAUUGGGACACACGCGGCUUCCGUUCUGGUCAAAGAGAUCGAUGCCUUCUUUGUGCCGCUCCUGCUGCUCGAGGUGCUGGACAUCGACAACAAAACUUUGCCGAUCUGUUUCUUCGCGGCCUUGCGCACCUUACGCCAUCUCGUUCACUUAGAGAUCCGCUAUGACGACCGAGACGAGCCAGUUGAAGGGUUCUCCUUCGAACGCGACGUACCUUCCCUUCGUAUCCUCAAGAUCAACGCGGCUGGCAGCCUCGCAGCGUAUGGACCUGGUCUAUCAAAGCUCACGCACCUCACAAUCCCCUCGUCCGACUUCGCCGCUGCCGCAGUUCCGUGGGAGACCUUGCACCACCUCGACAUCGGCCUACUCGACGUUGGCGAGACCGAAUUCCUCAGCUCUCUCCAGGAUACUUGCAAGAUUUCGGCAAUUCCCUUGCGCGGCCUCGCUCUCCACCUCUCCACCGGGACCGUCGACGACUUGCGCUGCAUAUCCGAGAUUCUCCAGACGAUCCGAGCUCCAAGUUUGACAGAUCUCAUCGUCCGCGGCAUCAAGUCCUUCGCCGACUGCAAGUCGUGGUCGUUCAGCGCGCGGCUGCCGGGUGUCUCGCAUCUCACGCUCGGCGGAUCCUCUAACUGUGCUUCGACGGACGCCUUGCGCGGUCUACGAGCCUUCCUCGAAGUCUGUCCCGCUGCGUAA